AUGUCGGACAUUGCCAAGUCAUUCACAUUUCUGCAGGACAACAUCCCACAAUGGCUGCAAGACAUCGCUCGGGUGGAGGAGAAGGUCGCAGCCAUGCAAGAGGAAGUCACAAACAUCGCAGUCUCACGGUCGCCCUUUGCGAAGAGCACGUCGGAUUCGGUAGAGACGAUGCGAACGGGGAAGAUGGAUGCCAUUGCAGAGGAAGCUGUGCCGACAACGGGCGCUCACCCCGACCCGCUUGGAAGCCGCAAGAGGAAGACGGCCUCCGUUCUAUCCGCUCGCAUCUCAGGCCCUUCGCGGUAUCGGCCACGCACAAUGGUGGUCGUUAGCUACGACGGAGACAUGCAGAAGUCGCUCGAGCUGCUUGUACGCGCAAUUGGUGUUGGCCGCAACCUGCUCCGCAAGGCCCGGAUGGAGGCCAAGAUGAACGAAUUGGCGGCCCUGACCGGCUCGAGCGAGGACGAAGACGACAACGUUGGCCACAGCGAAGAGGAGGAACUCGUAUCCAGGUCUAGCUAUCGGCCACGCAUGUCGUCGAUGCGUGCCCGGGCGGCUGCAAGGACAAGUGGCCGGCUGGGUGUCGCCAAUGGCACAAACACUCCCAUCGCCCUCUUUGAAACAACAGACAAGAGACUGGAACAGGCACAAGAGCUCUGCGAGAAGGCAGCACAUCUCACCCUAAGGGAAGGGGACUGUCGAAAAGAAUUGGCCCAAGUUCGCAAACACUUCGGCGAUGUACUACACACUGCUGAAACAGAAGUGGUCAAGUGCAAUGCACAAAAGUCUCACGACACCCCAGAACUCCAACAACACGAAACCUCCGACACAUCGAUCGCCUCGCUCGAAACACCACCCAACGACCAUUACCCACAGCCCUCGUUGCCGACGCUGGUGACGGAGCCCCAGCCAAAGGUACCGCUGCUAGCAGGCAUGACGCCCACAGCACAAGAGCCCAAGAUUGUCGACAUGGAGGUCGAUGAUGCUGAUGACGACGACGACGACGUCGACUUUGUAAUGCCUCCCGUUCGGCUGACAUCGCGGAUGCAUGCCCGAGCAUAG